AAAAAUAGAAGAUAAUUGAAAAAUACAUUUAUUUGUUUAAAUCAUAAUCUGUUUUAUAUAGAACUCAUAAAUUAAGAUAGUGUUCAAACAUAGCAACUAUAGACUUGGAAAUUGGGAGGGGGGAAGAGUCUUCUCCAAAUUUUUAGUUAAUUUUUGAGAAAUAAAAAAGGUGAAAAAUAAUUUUGUACAGUAACUAGUCACUAGUUUUUUUUUUUAUCAUUCCAAUUUAAUAAAAAUGCAUUUGUCUGCCUGAAAAAAUUUAUACUACUACUAGUAUAAUUAACGAUAAGUAAGUGUAUCAGGCAAUCAGGUGAAAAAGUGUUAAAAAUUGAACAAAUCAGGAGUAAAACAAAAGGUGCAAAAAAAUGAAGCAAAACAGCGCGUGGAGCUGCGACCAGAAAAGUAAUUUUGUUUCAGUGCGCCUCUCAUCUGGUUCUUAAAGUUCCGUCGUAAGCCAACCACACAGGCUCGAGAACCACCAACCACGAGAUUAAUCUUCCCAAAUUACCCCUGACUCCAAAUUAUUUUCACAUUCUCCUCUCCAAUUUCAUCUCAAAAAAAAAUCUCAAUCAUUGUAAUCCUCCGUAAAUAAUACCUUCCCCGGGCAGAACUUAAAAGUGCUGGUGUCAACAACAAUAUAGGUUUGAUAAUCUGCCCUUUUCAUCUGAAGGGGCAAUGGUUGAGCCGGGAAAACUUGACGCCGACAGCGGCGGCUCCGAGGAGCAGUUUCUCUUGCAGGAGACCGGUAAUGCGGACCGAUCGUGGAGGUUGAACUUCGACGGCUUUCAGUUGACGCCUGAGCUAAAAGAGAAGCCUCCCCGGGGUCUCCAGGACUGUCUUGGGGUUUUAGGUAAUAUUUCGCUUUUUUCUUAUUUGUCGCUGGUUUUGUUUCUGCUUCGCCUGGCUUUUCUUUUGAUUUUGUUUGGUUUGUGUUGGCCGUAUCUUCUUCUUUUUAUUUUCUUCUUUGUUUUAUUUGCGGUUGCCAAAAUUGUUAGUAGUAUGUUUUGCUGUCUGCUCUUAAUGAUUUUUUUUUUUUUAAUCUUGUGCGAAGCAUGAAACGUAGUGGAAUCCGUUAGUUUCAACACUAUCAAUUUUGGGGAGACAAAGUAUAAAUGGUAAAACAUCCAAAUCAGGAUCAGUCAUCGGCUGGCUCUUAUUUGACAAGCAAACAAUAGAGUUGGGGGAUUUAGGGUUGUUUGCAUGCCAGAUGUUUGGUGGAGGUUUUGGAUUUCUCUGUGGAAUAUUGUGUUCCUUUGAUUAUUAUUAUUAUUUUUUUUUUUCUUUUUCUGGUUCCCUCUUUCUUUGUAAAAUCUUUUAAGGGAAGAUUGGAAUAUUGCUUUAACUUGAAUUAUUGUCACUUUUCAGGUUCUUUCUCUAUCUUCAGUCUUAGUAGAGGCUCUUAUUGCUGUUGUACAUGUGCACACAGUGUAAAGGAGGCAUUAUUUGUUUCUUGACUGCAUUUUGUUUUGGAGCUUUUGUUUCUAAAAACUUUCUGUACUUGUUUAAUAUUUGGAUAAAUCAUUCUUCAGUAGCUGUUUUCCUGUCAGUUCAUUAGAGCCUUGGAGAUGCAUGGUUGUGCAAUUGACCCUUUUGACUGUGUCCGUGUCAGUUGGCAUUCCCAAUAUGAUUAUCUAGACUUGUUAGAUUGACCUUAGAUGUUGUAAUAGGUUAUGUUUUUGCAUCACUCUAGUUUCUUUUCAAUGUUUGCUUUUGUUUGAUCACCAGGAGGCUUUUAUGCUUUUGAAUUGUUUGAGAGAGUUGAAAUGUACAGUACUUAGUUAAGGAAGCUUAAUAGAGCUUCAACUAACUUAUCCUUGAUGGUUCAGGUCCAGAAGAUUAUGUGUCCGAGUACUAUCAACAGCAGGUUGAAAUGCUUGAGGGUUUUACCGAAAUGGAUGCCCUGGCAGAGCGCGGUUUUGUACCGGGGAUGUCCAAGGAAGAGCAGGAGAAGUUAGCUAGAAGCGAGACACUGGCUAUUCGCUUAUCAAAUGUUGCCAACAUGGUUCUUUUUGCCGCUAAAGUUUAUGCAUCCAUCCAGAGUGGUUCAUUGGCUAUUAUUGCUUCCACAUUAGACUCACUUCUUGAUCUUCUCUCUGGGUUUAUUCUUUGGUUUACCGCAUUCUCCAUGCAGACUCAAAAUCCAUAUCAGUAUCCAAUUGGAAAGAGACGUAUGCAACCAUUGGGAAUCCUAGUUUUUGCAUCUGUAAUGGCAACUCUGGGUCUUCAAAUCAUCCUGGAGUCUGUGCGCACUCUGAUAUCUGAUGAGGAUGGAUUUAGCUUGACUAAAGCGCAAGAGAAAUGGGUUGUCGGCAUAAUGCUCUCAGUGACUGUGGUGAAAUUACUUCUGGUUUUCUAUUGCCGGUCAUUUACUAAUGAGAUUGUCAAGGCAUAUGCCCAGGAUCACUUUUUCGAUGUGAUUACCAACAUCAUUGGUCUAAUUGCUGCAUUACUUGCUAACUCCAUAACUGGUUGGAUAGACCCUGUCGGAGCUAUCAUUCUGGCAUUGUACACCAUACGUACCUGGUCAUUAACAGUUCUGGAGAAUGUGAAUUCCCUUGUUGGAAGAUCUGCCACACCAGAGUAUCUGCAGAAGCUGACAUACCUGUGUUGGAACCACCACAAGGCCAUAAGGCACAUCGACACAGUCAGGGCUUACACCUUUGGGUCUCACUACUUUGUGGAGGUUGACAUCGUGUUGCCAGCUGACAUGCCCUUGCAAGAGGCCCAUGACAUCGGAGAGGCGUUGCAGGAGAAGCUGGAGCUACUGCCUGAAAUUGAGCGUGCAUUUGUUCAUUUAGAUUAUGAAUACAGUCAUAAACCUGAACAUGCACAGGCACACCUUUAACUAACCGAAAGUGUUCUACUGGCUUUUGUUCCUUUGAUCCCAAUCAUCUACUGGAUCCUUGGUUAUUUAUUGAGGGAAGUACCAUGAGAUGGUGUUUGUAUAUGGGGUGAUAAUGCCUAGGAUUGAAAGUAAAAACAUUCUAAGAUGGCGUAGUAGUAUGUGAAUUACACAAAGGCAUCGUCAUUUCUUGGUGCCUAAAGGUCACACAGGAAGAGAUGAUUCAGUUCCAAUUCCAUGUCUGCGUCUCUUUGAAUGUCAUAGCGUAGUGAUUUUAGACACCUCUAUGAACCUCUUUUUUUCCUUUUUCAGUGUUGUAAUUGAUGCAGAAAAGCAGAGAAAAAAAAUCAUGGCAAAAUGGACAAAUCUUAGAUAAUAGCCAUUCAUUAAUGCCGAAUCAUAACGCACAAGCUUACGCCAUCCUGUCCCCUGUUCAGAUUAGUCCAACAGCCUUGGCUAGUUUACGGCUGCUUAACAACUAACAGUAGAGCCAACUGUUUUGCUAAGUGUAGCACCGAUUGUGGCACCAAAACGUGAAUCGCGAUACCGGUGCAAAACUGCACGAUGCACAUCAUCCCCAUCACAUCAGGGCCUAUGGGUUUUGGACUUUUUGUGGUGGAUGCGAAACAUUUGAAAUUUUGGAUGAAAAUGACACAGUCGACCUAACACAUUAGCAUGACGUAGACGCUUUUAAGGAGAUUUUUUAGUUUUGUGUCUAAUUUUAACAUUAAAGCUUUCUUAAAUUGGUUCAAAUGCAUAUUUUGUGCUGAUGUUGGGUGCAGUCAUUUUCAGACAUUUUCAGAGUUGGAG